AUGACCCACGACGCCGUUUGGUUCUCUCGUCCCCGCAAAUUCGGCAAGGGUAGCCGUCAGUGCCGUCUGUGCGCGCACCAAGCUGGUCUCAUUCGCAAGUACGGCCUUGACCUCUGCCGUCAAUGCUUCCGUGAGAAGUCCGCCGCAAUCGGUUUCGUGAAGAACCGGUGA